GGUCCAUACUUUCCACACGGUUUCGCGAGCAAAGGAUACAAUGGGUGAGGGACUGAGGGUCCAUGCGAGCGGAAAAGCAAAACCAUCUUCCAUCCUCACCUCAGUCUGCGCCGCUGCGUCAAGAGAAAAAACAGAGUCCAGACCGGCUUCAGCAACUCAUCCUCAGAGCAGAGUUGCUGCCGAGUGAAUAGAGAGCUCGUGCUGCGUGCGGCGGGAAGGUUUCGAUGGCAGAUCCGGUGGCCACCGUGGUGGAGAAGAUCGUCAAAAUCGGGCUCAAGAUCAAGGAGGCCGUGAACAGGGUUCGCCACAACGAGGAGGAUUGCCGCGAGAUCACGAGGCGCGUGCUGAGGUUCAGCGCCAUCCUGUCGCAGCUGCAGCAGACGGGGACGGUGGCCGACAGCCCGGCGCUGGCCGGUGCGCUGGAGGACCUGGAGGAGACCCUGCAGCGUGCCCUCGAGCUCGUCACGGCCUGCCAGGAGAGGACCACCACCCGCCGCCUCGUCGCGGCGGGUGACCUGUCGAAGCAGCUGCGCCGGGUACAGGAUGACAUCUUGAACUAAGUGAUGCUGGCGUCCUUCGCCAUCAACGCCCACACCACCAUCUUGUUGCUUACUAUUCAGGCUGGUGGUCAGCCUCCGCCCCGGCAGCAGCAAGCGGAUGCAGGACUGACGGGUGUAUCGAAUGACAUUCAUUCAACUGAAGAUGCUAGGUCUGAUUUGAACGGUGAGGAAAACAUUGUACCAACAGGAAACGAUGCCCCCUUUGCUCCUUUAGAAGCCUUAAAAAACUUCAGUUUAUUUGAGUUAAAGGAUGCUAUAAAUGGCGGAAACAUCAUUGGAGAAGGUGCAUUCUGUAUGGUCUACAAGGCACAGAAUUUGUUGGCUAUAUCAAUGAAUUUAUCACUCAUUUGCAUGUGAAACAUAAAAAAGAGAGCCAUAGAGGGGUUAAAGGGUUCGGAUAAGUUUGCACAUCUUUACAUUUUAGCAUUAUUAAUGCAACAAGCCUCUUUCCAGUAUAACUGCAACAUCAAUGAUUCCAUCAUUCUGUUACUUGUAUCCAUUGCCAGGCUGAAUGAUGAUGAUGCAUCACAAAUAACGGCACAGCUCAGAAACAUUUACCUAUGUUUUACUGACAAAAUAAUCCACUAUAGUCGAAAUACAUGAAUUUUUUCUUUGUUAUUCAUAUUGCAUUUUUAAUUCAAAAGAGUAGCAUUAGAAACAAUUUAAAUCCAGCGAUCAGUAAAUUUAAAAUCUUAACCAACUUUACUUGUUUGUGACUUUGGGAUUGUGAUAGAACAUUAUCUGUUCUUGGCAUCCGAGGUUAACUUGCCUUUUUAGAUUGUUCACUUAUUCUCAAUUAAGGUUCCUACUGAGUUGACAAUAUCUUCCCUGCAUGGUGAUGAUAGUGCGAUGAGCAUAGAAAAAUUGAGUUAUUUGAUCUAUGGAAGUGCAUACUUAUAAAGUUAAAUAUACUUUACAAAUAUAUAAUACCCUCACCUUUUCUUUUCUAUAAUGCAACCCAUGAUUCAAACCUUUUAAUCUGACCAACAAGUAGUCUAAGAAUUUGUAGAUUAUACCAUAGAAAUAUAUUAUAAUCAGAUUCAUAUUCAUAUAUUUGAAAGUAUUUUCAUAUGAAGUCAAUUUUAUGUACUCGAAUAAUAUAAUGGCUGUGAUAUUAACAGUCAAAGGUAGUAAUGGAGACUACAUCAGGUCAAACACCUCCUUACAUUUUUCAAAGGAUGGAGUAAUAGAUAUUACUUAGCAAAUUCAUAUUUUUGAGACCAUGGUAAUGUCCAAAGAAUGCUUUCAGUGACACCUUAGCAUAAAUAGAAACUAAAAUAGAUAGGAAUUAAAAUUUUAAUUGAUGAGAAGAUAUUCUUUAAUUUUACGUGUAACACGACAUAGCGGCCGGGUUCAAUAAGCCAAUCAAGCAUAGUACUAUGUUGCAACCACCCAACAAGUCAAUCAUAUGUUGAGCCCUUUUACUAUAUUUGGAAAUAAUUUUUAACGCUUCCUAAUACCUCCCAAUGCCUACUCAUAAUAUUAUUUUUAAUUAAUUUUAAUUAUUGAAGGGUAGAAUAGUAAUUGGGAUAUCCCAAAUCCCACGACUUAAGAUCCUUAAACCCCAAAUCACGGGAUUCAGAUUCAAAGCUCAGGGGCUACUGGACAUGUGUCAUAACUCAUAAAUGAUAAUUUUUUAAAGGGCCCACUAUCCUCUCCUGCCUCCGCCAGACCCCACGCCCACCGGCAUCUUCUCUCUCCCGGUGAGUGUCGCCCCCGACCACCGCUUCCCGCCGCGCCCUCAGCUGCUGUCAUUGCCGUGUCACCACCUCAUUGCAGCCUUGCUCGCUGGCCUGCCCGUCCUGGUCGCCGACAUUGAAGGCGCCACCAGUCGAGCUCACCUCCGCCGCCUAGGAAAGGCGCCCCAAGCUGCUCUCCUCACCACCAUCGAGCUCGCCGAGCCACGCGUCCCGCUCCUCCAGCUUCCCAUCCCCAAGCUCUGUCCAUCGAGCUGCUCUGUUCUUGGUGGAACAGACCACCCGCCGAUCUCCCCCAUCAAACCCUCUCGAUUCAAUUCCUCCUAGGGUGAGCACCUCCAAGCCCUCCUCUACCUUCCCCAACCCGUGGCCUUCACUCUCCCUACCUGAGCAGAGCUCCCCGAAGCUCGGGAUGCCAUAGCCAUGGCUACCGCUGCCGCCGUAUCCAACCUUCGUUUCCCAUGCCUAGAGUCACUGUCACACCCGAUUUUAUAAAGAAAAUCGAAUGCAUCUCAUAUGUCCUCUAGGAUCAAGUUUACACACAUAUGAUCGACGUCGAGUGAAUGUAUCAAAAGACAAUACUUGAAAAGUAAAGGAAUUAUAGAGCAAAACGACAUUAUUACACCCCGAAUGAAAUAGACUCAAAAGGUCUUAAACGUUUCACCGACAUCCUAAAUGAAGUCCACAGCACGACUUCUCCCACAGGCAGCUGACUGGUGGACGUACGCCUAGAACUCCUCAAAAUCGUCGAAGUUCUCCACUUCAAAGUUCUCUUCUGAGCAGCAGUUUAAGCAAUGGUGAGUACACUUAUGGUUAGUACUCAGCAAGUGGGGGAAUAUGCAAGGUUAAACAAGAAGUGCUAAAGGCAUUUUAGCGGUUAGCAAUUUUAGUUGAUCAUAUUUUAUUAGCAAGCACCUAUUAACUAAGUAUAAGUUUAUACCAACCCACUUAAGCAUAAGCAUAAAGGAUCCAACAUAAAACCAAAGAACCACAAUUUGAUUAUUCUUCAAGUUCAAUUAUCAUGCGAGGGUCCAAGCCGCUCAUAACCGCGAGCACGACUGAUAUAUUAGUUAUACACUCUGCAGAGAUUGUACACUUUACCCACAAGUCGCGUAAAAGUUCCGAAGAACUUUGGACUCAACCAUGUUGUGCGGGCCAGGCACAAUGCCACACUUCCUUAGGUGUGAUUGCAUAGGGACGCUACGAGGCCUUUACAAAGAUUCCCUAAUAAGAAGUAGUCCGCUAAGGUUUCCGGAGCAGUAGCAGAGCAUAAGCAUCCCUAAUGGGCAUAGUGUCUUAGCAAAGCCCGCUUCCCAAGAGGACCGGGUUAUACCCUGUCAACCGCCGCUCCUCUUUCUCUUUUGGUAAGACUGCUUCAAACUAGAGUCUCUAAUUAAUUAGCCAAGACCAGAGCCAUAUAGUUCUUGUGGUUGCACUGUUUUCCUGGGUGGUUCUCCAUGUUCCAAUUAAUCAAAGUGAUCUUGUUCCCUUAACCAUGAUAAAACCAUAUUUAACAUUUUCCAAGAUUAUACCAACCAACCCAAAGGUAAAGAAACUAAGCAAAGCUACCCCAACAAGAUAUUAAACCCGGUGUUCCAAGGUUGAGGUAAAAAGACUAGGUAAAGUCCUUAAUAGGUGUUCCUGUCAAAUUUAUGCAUAAACAGAAAAGUAAAGUGCAUUAACAUGCUAUUAAUGGGACAAAUCAGAGUAUGCAGAAGCGGAAAGCCACUUGCCUUCCUCGGCUAACUGCUGAAAAUCUUCCUCAAAAGCUUGCUCUUGAUCACCCUCGAACGGCACGUCGUCUACACGAUCACACAAGCACAACAAACAAUACAAAUAAGAAAUAGUAGAAAAACAGUAAAAAUAGUACUGGAAAAGGUGAAAAAGGUGUAGAACGCGAAGCAAGGAUCACGUGAGUGAAAGAAUCGCUGAAAACGGAGUUGAAAUGUGAAAGAUAUGGCUAAAACAGUGCACCAGAGACUUGUUUGUGAGAGUUUUGAACCUCCAGGGGUUAGCUUCAAAGAAACCAGGGGCUAAAAACCUAAUUAAACCUUAGAUCCAGGGGCUAGAUAGCAAAAGAAGGGUCCUGGACGGCAUCUUCUAUUUUUAGAAAAUACAGGGGCUAAAACAGAAAGAAAAGGACUUAAACCUAAUUAUUUUUGAACUGCAGUGGACUGUAGGUUUAUUUUCGUAAAACUUAGGGGCUUUUUUGCAAAAGAUUAGGGGUUGAGCGGUAUGUGUGGGAUUGACUUUGGUCUAGAUCCAAUCUAGACCGUCGGAUCGAGAUCCGAGGGCUGGGAUGGGCGCGGCUCGGGCCGCGCGGCUCGACUUCGUGGCGGCUCGGCUGCACGGGGACGCGGCUUGGGCGGGG